AGCGGGGGGCGGAGGGAGCCCGGCGGAGCGCUGAAUGGGGCGCAGCCAGGCGCUGCCGGGCUUUGUGCCGCCAGCCCGCAGGCACCCUCCGGGCUCCGGGCUCCGGCCUCGCCCCGCCCCGCCCCGCCCACCGCGACCCCUGCUGCCGGGGAGUGGAGACCCGGCGGCCGCUCGGGACUCCGGCGAGAGUGACGCAAGGUCAGCGGCGGCAGCGCGUCCGGGGCGCCCGUGUGCCGGGUGCGCGGCGCCGACGCCGCCGGCUCGCUGAAGAGUGCUGAUUCUUAGAGUUCUCUGGAAAAUCCACAAGUUGAUUCCAUCAUGGCAGAACUCAAGGUGGAGACCCGGGCCAGUGUUGACUGGCAGAAGCGCUGCCUGGCCCUGGAAACGCAGCUUUUCCGGUUCCGCCUCCAGGCCAGCAAGAUAAGGGAGCUGCUGGCUGACAAGAUGCAGGAGCUGGAGCAGAGGCUGCUGGAGGCAGAGCAGAGAGCAGAGAAUGCAGAGACCCAGGUGGGUGUGAUGGAAGAGAAGGUAAAACUAUCCAAUCUGAAGAAUGUGGACUCCACAGGGAGCCUGCACCAGAAAUACCAAGAAUUGCUGAAAGCCAUGCAGGGCAAAGAUGAGCUCAUCAACCAUCUGGAGGCUCGACUGGAGAAGCAGAAGCAGUUGAGAGCUGAGGAAGCAAAAAUUGUUCAAGAAAAAGCUGCAAAGAUCAAGGAGUGGGUGACGCUAAAGUUAGCAGAGCUUGAGAUGGAGAAUCAGCACCUGAAAAGCUGUAAUCAGCGUCUGGUGGAGCAAGUGGGAGCCCUUCAAGAUGCUCUGGAAGCUCUUCAGAUGGCGCCUUCAGGGAAGCUGCUGGUGACCCCCCAGGAAGCCCCACAGCAGAAUUCUGUCCCUUCACAGCCAGGAGCUCAGCCUGUCGGGCAGGACUGUGGUUCUCAGGCCCAGGCUUUGAAGGCGGCUAUGCCUGGGCCUUGUCUGGGUGCCCUGCAGAGCAAAGGCUCCAUGUCUGAAGCCAGAAGCCCAGUGGAGGAUUCUACUUCCAGCAUGGUCCACCCUGGAGAAAUAGCAGAGGCCAAGACCCUUCAACCUCAUCUGGGAAGAGAGGGCUCUCCCAGCCAGCUGGGUGUGAAACCUGUCCCCCCGAGACGUGGUUCAGCCUCCUGGGGGGAGGGCCUGGCCACUGCUCGUCAUGGAGGGGUGCUCUUUGGGACCAAGACCUCUGCCAGGGAAAGCGGCCCUGGCAGCAGCCUAACCCUUCCAAAGACACGGGUUUCCAGCACCACCUGGGAUAGCAUCCGGGUGGCCAAAAGGCACCACAGCCAGCCCCAGGUAGGCCCUGGGCACUUUGACCAUGUGGUGAACAUUGAGGUUGGGGCCUUGUCAGCCCUCCAUCCCUCUGUCCUUUCAAAGCUAAAGCCCCCAAAUGAGCUCCAGGAAGAACCAGAGAAGAUGGAAAUGGAGGCGCCACCUCCAGCAGGGAAAGAGGAAGGAGAGAACCUGAAGGACCCUGGACCUGAACUGGAGAAAGAUGAGCUAGGGAAUAAACCACCCACACCCCCGCUACACCGGUUUCCAUCAUGGGAGAGCCGGAUCUAUGCAGUGGCCACUUCGGGCAUGCACCUGUCAGAUGUGUCUUCCCGAAGUCAUGCUGCCUGUUGUGCUUCAAGCCCUCCUGCCCUUGCAUCCCCUGUGUCUUUCUCUGGCCUUGUCUACAAGAAUGUCACUGUGCCUGUCUACACAGCGCUGAAAGGGAGAGCCAUGCAGAUCAGCAGUGUGCCCUUUGCGGAUGACUCCUCUGGGUCUGAUGAUGACUGCAGCUCUCAGGCCAGUUUCCGGAUGUCAGUCCCUUGUUCUGAGUGUAGGAAGACCAGCGGACUAUGCAGUCCCCGGGCCAUCAAGAGAGGGGUCUCCAUGUCUUCACUGAGCUCCGAGGGUGACUACGCCAUUCCUCCUGAUGCCUGUUCGCUGGACAGUGACUACUCAGAGCCUGAGCACAAACUUCAGCGCACCUCGUCCUACUCCAUCGACGGGCUGGGCCUAGGCGGCGAGUCACUGGAAAAGUCAGGCUACCUGCUGAAAAUGGGAAGCCGGGUGAAGACAUGGAAGAGGCGCUGGUUUGUCCUGAGACCAGGACAAAUUCUGUACUACAAGUCCCCGAGUGAUGUCAUUCGGAAACCUCAAGGUCAAGUGGAUCUGAAUUCCCAUUGCCAAAUUGUUCGAGGGGAGGGUGCGCAGACAUUCCAGCUAAUCUCGGAGAAGAAGACCUACUACCUGACAGCAGACUCACCCAGCCUCUUGGAGGAGUGGAUACGGGUCCUACAGAGCUUGCUGAAGGUACAGGUCACCGGGCCUCCAGCCCUGCCUCAGGGUGGCACCAAGCCUACUGUGAAGGGCUGGCUGACCAAGGUAAAGCAUGGCCACUCCAAGCUGGUCUGGUGUGCUCUUGUUGGGAAAACCUUCUACUAUUACCGGAGCCAUGAGGAUAAGCGACCCCUGGGUCGUCUGCCUGUGCGGGAUGCACGCAUAGAGGAAGUUGAUCGAUCCUGUGACUCAGAUGAGGACUAUGAGGCUGGAGGAACUGGACGGUUACUUUCCUCCCACUGUACCCUGGUGAUCCAUCCCCCAGAGCACAGUCCUACCUACCUACUCAUUGGCACCAAGCAUGAAAAGGAUACAUGGCUUUACCAUCUCACAGUGGCUGCAGGUGGCAGCAGUGCCAAGGUAGGCACUGCCUAUGAGCAGCUCAUUGGAAAACUGAUGGAUGGUGAGGGAGAUCCAGAUUCCCCCCUCUGGAGGCACCCCAUGCUGUGCUACAGCAAAGAUGGGCUGUGCACCUCCCUCACUACCUUGCCCUCUGAGGCCCUGCAGACGGAGGCUCUUAAGCUCUUCAAGUCCUGCCAGCUCUUCAUCAAUGUGCCUGUAGAGGCUGCCUCAGUGGACUACCAUGUGUCCCUGGCCCAGACAGCACUGCAGGUCUGCCUGGUUCACCCUGAGCUGCAAAGCGAGAUCUACUGCCAACUCAUGAAGCAGACCAGCUGCCGCCCACCUCAGAAGUACUCCCUCAUGCAGUGUUGGCAGCUCCUGGCUCUGUGUGCCCCACUUUUCCUGCCUCAGCAUCACUUCCUCUGGUAUGUCAAGCAGCAGCUCCAACGCCAUGCAGAUCCCAAAAAUGAAACUGGCCAGUAUGCCACCUACUGUCAGAGGGCAGUGGAGCGGACUCUGCAGACAGGGGAGCGGGAAGCCAGACCAUCGCGCAUGGAAGUGGUGUCCAUCUUGCUGAGAAACCCCUUCCACCACUCCUUACCCUUCAGCAUCCCUGUGCACUUUGCCAAUGGGACUUACCAGGUGGUUGGUUUUGAUGGCUCCUCCACAGUUGACGAGUUCCUGCAGCGGCUGAAUCAGGAAACGGGCAUGAGGAAGUCAUCUCACUCUGGCUUUGCUCUCUUCACCGACGAUCCUUCUGGCAGGGACCUGGAACACUGCCUGCAGGGGAAUGUCAAGAUCUGCGAUGCCAUCUCCAAGUGGGAACAAGCCCUGAAGGAACUGCACCCUGGAAAGUCUGAGGGUGGGACACGCGUUGUGAAGCUGAUGUACAAGAACAGGCUGUACUUUCGGAGUCAAGUCAAAGGUGAGACAGAGCGAGAGCGACUGCUGCUUGCCUCCCAAACCAGUGGAGAGAUAGUGGCAGGGAGAUUUCCUGUCAAUAAAGAACUGGCUCUUGAGAUGGCUGCCCUGAUGGCCCAGGUAGAAUAUGGGGACUUGGAGAAGCCUACUCUGCCAGGCCCUGGGGGAACACCCCCUGCCAAGACUCAGCAUCUCCUCCAGCAGGUCCUAGAUAGGUUUUACCCACGGCGCUACAGACAUGGGGCACCCCCUGAACAGCUGAGGCAUCUGGCAGAUAUGCUGACCACAAAGUGGGCGGCAUUGCAAGGCUGCUCCCCUCCUGAAUGUAUCCGCAUCUAUCUGACCGUGGCCCGGAAAUGGCCUUUUUUUGGUGCUAAGCUCUUUGCUGCUCAGCCUGCCCAGCUGUCUUCCAAGGAGAACACUUUGGUAUGGAUUGCUGUGAAUGAGGAUGGUAUCAGCAUCCUGGACCACCACACUAUGCAAGUGCACAUCAGUUACCCCUACUCUUCAGUGACAACCUUUGGUGGCUGCAGGGAUGACUUCAUGCUUGUGAUAAGAACCACUCCAGACCAGGGGUCUGGAAAAGGCCACAUUGAGAAGUUGAUCUUCCGGAUGACUGCUCCUAAGAUUGCAGAAGCUACCUUCAUCAUGGCCAGCUACAUGAACCACUGCUCUACAACUGUGAAUCCAUCCACCAACCCGCCUGCAGCCCGCCAGCCCUGGGAGCUGGAUGGACGACAGUUCUUUGCUUCUGUUUCCUGUGCUACCAAGGGACCAACAUUGCUCUGCUGUGUGAGGCCAUUAAGGAUGAAUCAGGAACAAAGAAGACCCUCAAUCUUCUCCAGGGCUUGGGUGUGCUUGAGACUUCUGGCAAACUUCUGCUGGGAAUUAGUUGGAGACUUGGGGCAUGUAUGUAAUAUCUACUCUAGUCUAAAAGCAUCAGGUUUAAGAAGUAGAAAGUUUUUUUCACCUUUUGCCUUCUUGACAACAUCAUAAUCCCCCUCAACUCAAAUAUUCUAAUUGAGUGCAGGAGAAAUGCUCUGUGCCUACAUUUUCCCCGGGGGCCGGGGGCAGGGGGGUGUUCAUACUCCCAAUUUUCCAACAUCUGAGAAACAGAGUUUUAUUUCAUAGCUCUAAGGUACUCUUAACAUUUUUCAUAAAAUGCUGAAAACUGGCUAGUAAGAGCGCCCAAGAACCAAACUUUUAACCCUAGUGAUGUAAGUGUUGCACAUGCAAAAACCAUGAGGCUGGAACUAAUUUUAUCUGAUCACUUCAGCUCCUGUAAGCUUUCCCUCUCAACCUUUAAACAAGCACAGUGGGCGGGGAAAAAAGAGGCAUGAGAGUCUGUCUCUUUUAAAUGAAGUUGACUUUGCAAGGCAGGCAGUUUUAUAGCUAUUUCUGAUUCCCACCCACCACCACCUCCCAGGACCUGGGGGUCUAGCUGAGACAUUCUACCUCUAACAAAUCACCUAACAUAGGCUCUUGGAUAACCCUGCCAAGGCUGGUGUAAAAAGCAGAGAUUACAGCUCUGGUUUUAUAUCCUGAGUGUCUCUAAGACCAAUGAGGAUAUAUGAGCUAACUAGGGCAUUUUUUUAAAAAUAGGGUUCUAAAGAAAGAGUAAGGUUCAUUAUGUUCAUACUGAAUCUAGGAGUCAAACUACUUCCCUCACCAUCUUUCCUACUUCCUGACUCUUCAGGAAUUUUCCUUUGUUUUUAUUAAUUUUAUAGAGAAGAAACUGCCCUAGAAACAUAGGCUUCCAGAGUUUGUUUACCCUUCUUUAAUAUGAAUACCAUGUUUGGAAACAAGUAAAUUUUCUGUCUUGCAUUUUGUCUCCCUGCCUUUUGGCAAAAGUAACUUUUGAAAUAAUAGAAAAUGCUGAAUAACAGAAAAGUAUCAAUGUGUUUGACACCCAUGACUGAAAUGUCAUGAUCAUUUUUGUCAAUAAAAAGUAGCUGUCUGCAAAUCAGGCAAUUACUGUGUAUGUUUUGGAAGGAGAUCUGUUUAUUAAGAAAAGCACCAUCAAUUAACCCUAUACAGAACACAGAAGCUAGGUAGACAGAGAAUAGGCUUUUGUAGGACAUUUAUUCCUGCUAAUCCAUACCUAAAAAGCUUCAUGGUUUUUCCUUAACUUUCACAGAGAUACUACUCAAAUAGAAAUUAUGCCUUUUGUGUGAGUUCUGAUACCAGUUUCUCAAUGUCUUGCUCCACAAAUUUCAACACAGUUUAAACUUGAAUGUGCUUAUUAGGAAUUUUACAAAGUGCUCUCUGCUGACAUUGCUUUUGAUACAUCAUGUCAAAAUUCUUAGUUUCCCCUCUAGUAAAAUAGGCAAAACUUUCUAAGGAGAACACUAAUACAUAAAAAUACUUUGAGUCAGAUUUCCAGUCACCUGCUCUAUGGCUCUGAGAUUUACUGCAUUCAUUCUGGUUCCUAGGACAGUGUCCACCUGAUGGUUUAUAGUACAGAAAACAAACCAGCCACUAUGGCUUAGCAGUCAUUUCCCAUGGAAGAUAAUACUGGCCUUCUUAAUGCUGGGACUCAUGGGCUUGUUGAUGUGGCUUUCUGGUGCGCCAGAAUCUCCUGGCAGCUCCUGUACACUUCAAUCAAGCAAUCCAGCCGGGGCUUGGCACUCUUGAAUUCCAAAGGGGAGAAAUGCAGAGUCAGGUGAACAUAAGAGAGUGCUUAGUGGUUCUGCAUCCACAUGCAAGCUCAACCUCUCACCCACAUGAAGGGGGUCUAACUGGCACAGGUGUGAGCUCACAGAGGCAAGAAAUUCAGACCUCAGAGCAUCUUGUUAGGACAACUCCCAACUAGCCCCACAGACCAGCCUGUGAGUUGUACAAGGCAGAGAUCAAAAGACAGCAUUUUAAUCCAUGGUGGUACACACCUAUAAUGACAGCAACUUGGGAGACUGAGGCAGGAGGGUAACAAAUUCAAAGCCAGCCUCAGCAACUUAGCAAGACCCUGUCUCAAAAUAAAAAUAAAAAGAGCUAGGGAUGCAGUUCAGUGGUAGAGCACCCCUGAGUUCAAUCUCCAGUACCACAAAAAAAAAGGACAGCUUUUUAAUUUGUCUAAAUUUCAUGACAGUAAGAGGAAUAACAAGGAUGAACCUUCUUGAAAAGUGUCACAAAUUGUGAAACAGAC